CUUUCCUAUCUGGCAGGUGAAAAUAUUCAACAUGAACGGUGAACAAUAAAACGGCUUUCUUGAAAAAAAGACAGACCUUUAGGAGCAAUAUAAACAUAUACGCCCUUUUCGAACUUCUUCGCAUCGCAAUGUUUUCUAGUUCGUUCAUGACCUCGAUCACACCACAAGGGUAUCGGAGAUACACUUCCAUUUCUUCGCUUCAAAGGCGGCAGAGUCGCGGAUCGCCACGGAGACUUUCCACGUGGGGUCGAGGGGGCUUUUCAGGGGGGUUUCCAACUUUCCGCCCAGCGGCCGCGAGCCCCUUUUCCUGCACACCGCGACUUUGAAGGCGGUUGGCGAAUCGGAGACCCGGACGCCGAAACGUCGCACCUCCCCGGAUGUGGGAAGACA